CACGUGUUGUCUCCGCCCCCUCAGGUAGGAAAAGUUGCCAGCUCCGUCUUUUACCUGUUCCUGGGCCACACAGGUGAGCUCCGGGUUGCAGCCAUGGCUGAGUCCCAGCUCAUGUGCAUGGAAGACGGCCGAAUCGGAACCUCGGUACCGGAGUCCAAGCCGGAGUUUUACUACAGCGAGGGGCAGCGGCUCGCCAUCGAGCAGCUGCUCCGGAGCGGAGACGGAGCCUUCAAAACGCGCCUCAAGGAGGACAACAUGAAGGAUUUUCUAUCGGCCAGGGAGGUCAAACUCCUGAACGGAACCUUCAAACGGUACGAGUCCAGCGACGGAGGGUCCGCGGCCCCGCGGGGGGCCGCCAGCAGCGACUCGGGGGUCCAUUCCACCUACUGGCCCCAGAUGUCGGACACCGAGGUCCCGCCGCUGGACUUGGGCUGGACCGGCGGCAGCAUGUUCAAAGGGGUGACCCGCGUGUCCGUGCACACGCACCCGCCCAAAGACAACGGGCCCCAUAUCAAAGAGGUGGUGCGGAAACUCAUCCAGGAGGCCAACAAGGUGAUAGCGAUAGUGAUGGACAUGCUCACCGACAUCCAGAUCCUGCAGGACCUGAUGGACGCAGCUUGCCGUCGCUCCGUGCCCAUCUACAUCUUAUUGGAUGAGCAGGGCAUGCCGCACUUCUUGGAUAUGUGCUCAAGGCUGCAGAUUGGUGCGCAACAUCUACGGAAUAUUCGCACCCGGCUCCUGCAGGGCGUUGGUUUUGGACUCUCCUUUGGCCGGCUGCCGGGUUCUCUGUGUUACAAGUACAUGCUGGUAGACGGGGAAAAAGUCAUGUGUGGCUCUUACAGUUUCUCCUGGUGCACAUCUCGUAUGGACCGGAACAUGAUCACUGUGAUGACGGGCCAAGUGGUUGACUUCUUUGACCGGGACUUCCGUGAGCUUUACGCCAUUUCUGAAAAACUGGACCUCUUCAAAGAGUUCAGUGUCAGCCAACCAACCAAUACAACUGCCACUUUACGUUCCAAAGUGGGGCCCAAACGCCCUCCUCUGCCAGCCACCACAUCUCGCUUCCAAGUUAGUUUAGGUGACUCACGGAGUCCUGACAUCCAGGUGCCUGCACACAAAUACUACAACCCCAAAUACUUCUUGGCGUUGGGAGUCACUCCACCACGUCCAACAGGGUCUCUGCAUGAGCCAGGAACUCUGAAGGGAUACCCAUUGGCAAAUGUCCCUGAAGAACCUGGAAGGCCCCGCCUUGCCAUCAGUGAGAAGAUGGACCGGCUGAGUCCCCUGCCUUCAGAAGAACCAGAGGAAAUCUUCACUACAGUCCCUGUAGAAAAGAAACACACUUUCAGGGAGAAAUGGAGGCUGAAAUUUUCUAAAAAAGCUAAAGGUGACAGUCCAGUAAGGAGCGAGGAUCAAAUGUAUUUAUCUGCAGAAACAAUCCAGAUUGAUGAUAGUGAGGACAACACUGAUGUGAUAACUCCACCUAAACGGCUGGGCAAGAACCUAUCCAACCUGAGGUCCAGGGAUGAAUCUUUGCAGACUGCAAACAGUACACAGGACACUGAGGGUGGAAAGCGCCGACGGUCGAAACACAAAAAUUGUAAAGUAUCCUGAGGUUCACAGAACUGCUGCCAACUCCAACGUCCUCACGUCACUCUGUCUGCGUUUAGAAUCUGUAUGUGAAAUGUUGUCAGUGUCUCAAUAUAUGUGAAACUAACUGUACAAAAAGACCAAAAGAAUGUCAAAUCCUUAAAGUAUUGAGACAUGCUGUUUACAGUUUUUGAUGCCAAAUUUUAGAAAAUCAAAAUGUUGGUUAUGUUGGGGUGCAGAUACUUGCAUGCAUCUCUUUUUUUUUGUGUGUGUAGAAUUUUUGGUAGCACCUAGGAUGCAGUGUUGAGCAUUCUUCUGCUCAACAAUGUUUUUUGGUUUUUUUUUUAACCAUGAUGCAAUCACAAGAUUGUCCUUACACAGCUGAGGUGCUUCCACAAACCAACCUAAACCCAACAACCUCUGCGAUCAUGGCAAUUCUGAUGCUAAGUGUCAUCAUGCGAACCCUUUUGGUUGUUGUUUCUAUUUUUCUCUUCUUUUAAGAAAAAGUCCAACACUCAUUUAAGGGGAUAUUAAAGGGGGAAAAAAAAUCAGGAUUGAAGAACAUCCCCCAUGUGGUGAUGAGUUUUGUUUGUUUUGCCUCCUAUUACCACUUUUGCAUGAAUCAAGGUUCUGAUUUUGAAUUGAUUCUGUUGAGGUUCUUGUGGAACCAUGGUGCCAUCUAGUGGAUCAUCUCACACUUCAACCAUGAGAGAGAGGUGCUUUCUCAUGAUACUUGUAAACAGAAAAUAAUUGUGGCAUUGUGAUUUAUUGUUUUUAUACGUAGAAAUGCUCAACGGUUUUACUUGACAUUGAUUGAUUCCAUUUGCUUCACCAUUGUCUGAAUGUCUGUUCUGCUUAAUAAAUUGUUUGACAGCU